UAUAGGUACAGAUAAAUUAUAAUAUGUCAGUGUAUUGUUCAGUUUUGUCGUGAUUUUUUAAUGGAAGUACAUAUACGAAUUUUAAUUCAUUUUUAGUUUGUGGUUCUAAUGAGACGAUAAUACAAUUGGAAGAUGCUGGUAAUAAAAAAGAUGAUGAUACUUCUAACACUUUGGCUGUCAGUUAAUUUGGCCAUGUGUAGAAAAAAUCUAGGUGAUGAAGAGGAGGAGAUUUUACAUCCCGUUCUAAGGAAGUUUCAGAAACGUCAGAUAUGCCAAGAGCUGUGUUCAUCAGGUUUAGGUGGAAAUUCAUGCGGAAAAGAUUGUGUAGAAAUUUUUCAACAAAAAAUAUAUAUGCAGCUGUCUACAUCUACAGAUUUAACUGGAAAUCACGUUACUAAAAACGUGCCUAGAAGCGACAUGUGCCCUGUUCUUUGUAAAUACAAUUUGGGGAAACCAUUGUGCGUAUGUUCGCAAGUGCAAAAUGUUGUUUCAUCGAAAGCCAUUAAUUUUUUGGAAAUAUGCAGCAAAUUUUGUAUUAAACACAACUACAGGAUCUCUGGCUGCCAAAAAUGCAGCAUUUACCAACAAGCAACUUUACCAAGAAAGUCGGCUUCAGCUCUACCAGAUCCAAAUGAAAUAGAUUGGAAUGCGUGGUGCACUGUGAAAUGUAAAGAAAAUGAUGGUGGAGCAGCUUGUGAUUGUGACCGCUCACCUAUGUCGGAUUAGUAUCUUAAGAAUGCUAUAUCAACAUAAAAACAAUUUUAAUGUAAAUUUUACGCAUAAAAGGCAGAUAUAGUUAUUUAUUAAAUA